AUGACUGGGUUGUUUUAUGAAUUAGGACCAUCUAAAAUUAAUCUGAAGUUGGAACCAGAGUUGAAUGAAUACAGUUGGAACAAUAAUGCGUCUGUUAUUUUUCUUGACCAACCGCUCAACACUGGUUUUUCGUAUUCUAAGGACAAUGUUGAUAGUUCAGCCUCUAAUGCAAAGGAUGUUUAUGACUUUCUAGACUUGUUCUUUGAAACAUUUCCUCAAUAUUCGAAGCUAGGAUUACACCUAGCAGGCGAGUCUUAUUCUGGUCAUUUUAUACCAGCAAUUGCUCGUGAAAUCUUGAAUCAUGAGAAUUUAACUUUCAAUUUGAGCUCAAUAAUGAUUGGUAAUGGUCUUACUGAUCCUUAUAUUCAAUUCCAAUAUUAUGAGAUAAUGGCUUGUAAAUCUAAGGAGUACAAGUUGAACGUAAGCUCCUCUAUUUGCAAAGGCAUGUCAUCACAUACUCAUACGUGUGAACUUUUAACCAAAGCAUGUUACAAAUUCCCAUAUUCAGUCACUUGUUAUCCGUCAACUGCCUAUUGCAUGAAGACAGAACUAGAGCCUUUUCUACAAACAGGAAUAAAUCCGUAUGAUGUUCGCCUGGAUUGUGCAGGUGAUGGUUCUUGCUACGAAGACAUGAUAUACUACGAGGAAUAUUUGAAUCAGACUUCAGUCCAGAAAGUUUUAGGAGUUGACAUGGCAUUUCAAAGUUGUAGUGACCGUAUCUAUGAGGAUUUCAUCAAAAAAGGAGACUGGUCUUUACCAUCUCAAGAAAAUAUCAAGUUUUCGUUAGACAGAGGCGUACCUGUUUUGAUCUUCGCUGGAGAUCAAGACUUUAUGUGUAACUGGUUGGGUAACCAUGCUUGGACAAAGGCACUAGAGUGGGAUGGACAAGCUAGUUUCUCAAAUUCGAAGCUCAAGCCAUGGUAUGUUGAGGGUGAAGAAGCUGGUCAGUUAAAAAACUCCGAACAUUUUUCUUUCUUGAGAAUUUACAAUGCGGGCCAUAUGACGUCUUACGAUCAACCGAGAAACAGUUUGGCUAUGGUGAAUUCUUGGGUACAUGGAGAUUUUGCUCUUGGUAACUAA